UCCGCUUCAAGUUGAUCGUCUUCAACAAUUUCAUAUUCUUCUUCUUCUUCUCCAUCCUCUACUUCGUCUUCGUACUCUUCAUCUUCGUAUUCAUAUUCUUCUUCAUAUUCUUCGUUCUC